CAAUUCAUCAAGACACCUACCCAAAGGCCACCGCACUAACGGGCCGGGUAUUCGCGAAGGGUCUGGAUCUGCUCCUCAAUUUCAUAUAUAUAUAUAUGACACUCGGAAACAACGGGCGUGAGUUACUCGUCAAGAUGCUCUCCUCCGACCACCAAAAGACCCCCUCUCGUGGUGGCUGGAACGCCGCCAUUUUCAUCAUCUUCGUCGAGGUUGCAGAGAGGUUUGCUUACUAUGGCCUGAUAGGUAACCUCAUCAUGUACCUCACCAAUGAGCUCCACCAGCCCACCGCUGCCGCCGCCAAGAACGUCAACUUGUGGAUCGGCCUCUCCUCCCUCUUCCCCGUCCUCGGGGCCAUCGUCGCCGAUUCUUACCUCGGCCGCUUCAAGACAAUCAUCUACUCCACCUGCAUUUAUUUCCUGGGAAUGGUUAUGCUGUGCUUAUCUGCUUCGGUGGUUCCUCGGCCUUAUCGUGAAGGGGCAUACUUCGUGGGGCUUUACAUUCUGGCGGUGGGAGAAGGCGGCCACAAGCCUUGCGUGCAGACCUUCGCCGCCGACCAGUUUGAGGAGGAGACUGAUGAGGACAAGGAGGCUAAGAGCUCAUUCUUCAACUGGUGGUAUUUGGCUAUAGUUGUCACCGCUACUGCUGCCACACUUGGUAUCAUCUAUAUUCAGGAUAAUGUGAGCUGGGUGCUGAGCUAUAGUGUCUUGGCAGUGGUAAUAGCAGCAGGCCUCCUAUUAUUUCUACUCGGAAUCCGAAGGUAUCGGAACGAGGAUAAUCUGUUGGGGAGCCCCUUCACGACGGUGGCGCAAGUAUUUGUGGCGGCAUCUUGGAAGUGGCGCGUAAAGACGGGUCGUCGGAAUGAUGUUGUCUACUACGGUGAUGAUGAGGGUGAGAGCAGUGGCGUUCACUCCAAGCACAAGACAUUGGCUCGUACUAAACAAUUCAGAUUUCUGGACAAGGCAAUGAUUAUUGACGAACAUGAUGCGUCAAGCAAAAUGAGGAAUCCUUGGAGGUUAUGCUCUCUAAAUCAAGUGGAAGAAGUGAAGCUUGUUGUCCGUCUAAUUCCCAUAUGGUUGAGCUGCCUAAUGUUUCACGCAGUUCAAUCUCAACUCCACACCUACUUCAUCAAACAAGGUUCCACGAUGAUCAGAUCCAUCGGACCCAACUUUCGGUUCCCCCCUGCAUCACUUCAAGCCCUAGUUGGCAUUGUGAUCGUAACUACCGUUCCAAUCUACGACCGGAUUCUUGUCCCGACAGUAAGAAAGUUCACAGGACAUCCCGCGGGCAUAACUGUCCUCCAACGAAUUGGUGUGGGCCUAUUCUUGUCCAUAAUCAACAUGGUUGUGGCAGCUCUAGUGGAAGCUAAAAGGGUUGGUGUUGCAAGAGAAUAUAACCUCAUGGAUAACCCAAAAGCAAUGGUACCAAUCAGUGUCUGGUGGUUACUCCCACAAUACUUUAUCACUGGUUUGUCUGAUGCAUUCACCGUUAUAGGACUCCAAGAGUUGUUCUAUGAUCAAAUGCCAGAUGCAAUGAGAAGCUUGGGAGCUGCAGCAUACAUUAGUAUUCUUGGAGUUGGAAGCUUUCUUAGCACUUUCAUCAUAUCCUUGGUGGAAACUAUUACCAGAAACUCUGGUGAGCCGUGGUUAGGUAACAAUCUCAACCGCGCACACCUUGAUGACUUCUACUGGGUGCUUGCAGGACUAAGCGCUCUAUUUUUCGGUGUUUAUGUGUGGGUUGCAAAGCGAUUUGUUUACAAGAAAGUUGUAGGGGAAGCAUCAAGCGGGGAGGUGUGAAACUAUAAGAUCAGAUCAUGGCAUGGUUAGUGAAACAGAACUUACGCGAACUUAUGGUGGUGUGGUGAUAAGUACUAGUACUAGCAGUGAGACUUCCUAAAUAGUUUGAGUGCACACCGAACUAUUAGAUCUUGUCUGCUCUAUAACAAACAUUAUCAGAUUAUAAUUAAGUUUUACAGUGAGUCUAAUCUAGUGCACUAUUUAUAA